AUGACUUAAGAUUUCAGGGCAGAUCAUCACAAUGAGAUUAAAGCCAUUAUGGAUGCAUAAAAGCAAAGAGAGAAGCAAAGUAUCUUCGCUAGAUUGUUUGAGAAAUCAGUUAAAUCACAGGAAAAGUAAAGAUAAAGGAACCUUCAAUAGAAUUAUUGCGACCCUCUUUAUAAAAGGCUGAUUCAGGAUAUGGUGGAAGAACAUUUAAACUAUAAAGGUGAAUUUAAAUCAACUGCUCUUGUUUUUUGUGAUAGCUCAUAAUAAGAAACGAAAGAGAUGGAGGAUUAUUUGACACAAAAAGAUGUCUUGGCAGAAAUGUUUGAGAUUAAUAGAAUGCUGCCAAGGGAAAUGAGUGAAUAUAUGAACUGUAUCUCUGAGAUGUAUCAAGUCAAAGAGCUUCCAGUUAUUAUUUAUUAAGGCGCUAAAGUAGAUAGUUUUGAGACAUUGAAAAAUUUAGUUUGA